UGUAGGGCAGAGCAAGCGCUGAGCCCUGGGGAGGACAGAGCCAGGUUAAGCAGGCAGAGCAGAGCAUGGUUCAGCAAGAGGCAGUCCAGCUCAGCGCCGGGGCCCAGCCUGCGCAACAUGGUGAGGACUGGAAACUUUACUGAGGACUCUGAAUCCCUGGACAGCUGCAUACAGAGUGCCCUAUCUGCACUGUACCCUCCGUUUGACGCCACCGCACCCACCAUACUCGGCCAGGUCUUCGACGUAGUAGAGGGCACCUACCGUGGGGACGGCCUGCGCUACCUGAUCGACUUCCUGAUUCCGGCCAAGCGCAUCCUCCAGUGCAUCCAGCAAGAUGCCUGCUCUGCGUUCAGUGGCCUUCUCUUCCGUCAUGAGGGUUGGCCUCUGUGUGUCCACGAGAAGCUCAUAAUCCAGCUGUCCUCCCUGGACCGGCGAGUGCUGCGGCCCGGGGACUUCUACUUGCAGGUGUUACCGUGCUCAGGAAGUCCCCCGCACAUCGUGCUGAGGGCCUUGGCUGGUGACGGACGGUACGUGGAGCAGUUGGAGGUGCCUGAAGUGAGCUACACCUCCAUUUUCACCAUGGCUUGGCUGGAUUCGCUCAACCGGGAGCGAGUGGCAGGCCCUCUGGAGCACUGCCUGCUGGCUGCCGAUGGUCACGUUUUCCGAGUGCCCUGGGAGGACGUGGUGCAGCCUGAAUUCAUCUAUAGGCCCCCAAUAAUUGGGGGAGAGGGGCUGGACAGUCAGUCCAUGGGGAUGAAUGGGGGGGGUUCAGACAUUGCUCCGCAGGAAGUGGAUACUCAGAGUCCGGAGGCUGUGCAGGCCCCAACCCUCAGCCAGUAUUUUGGCGAUGUGGACAGCAGAUCAAAUGGACUGGAUAACGUAGUAUUUGACUUGGACAAUGAACAGUUAUCAUUGGAAAACAAUGACAAAUUACAGGAGGAUGACAACAAAAAAGUACUGGAACAAAAUGGCGAAGUCCUUGAGGAGACGGUUGUGCAGGACCCUAAAGACACAAUGUUGGAGGACUCGGACCAAGAGGGGGAAUAUGUGGAACUGGCUGAUCUUACUCUGCCUUGUUUCAUCCCCCAGAAGGGAUCAUUGACUCAGUCUAUAAGUCUUUGCUACAAAAACCUGAACAAGCCGAGGACUAGUUCACACAGCCAGACCACCUCUGCCGAAGGGCUUCUGGGCAGUGGGCAUUAUGGCCAGGCUGCGGUCUGUGCAAAACUCAUAGAGGAGAACCUGAGUGAUGUACCUCCCAGGCUGCCGCUUGGGCCUGCAAGCAAGCCACCAGGAGGUACGCGUGUGGAGGACACUGCCGUCGUGUGUGAAAGCAAGGUGUCUGUCUGCUGUCCUUCUGCUGAAAGCAAUGGCUCACAGUCGGGAUGCGUUGACGGGGCUGGUGGAGAUAGUGUUCCAGACUCAGAAGUAAACUUGGGGCCUGCAAGCAAGCCAUCAGGAGGUACACAUGUGGAGGAGGUGGGGUCUCCAGACAAGGUGGAGGGAGGUGCUGGUAGCCAUAGCUUGAGUGAGAGUAGCGAGGCAGUUGAUGUGUUUCUCAAUCUCGAUCAGGAAGAUGACACCAGGUGUGAUGGUGAGGAGAUGUGUCUGGUUCCUGUUCCUUUAGCUGUAGACUCUGACUUUGGGGAGAGAUCCCAGAAUGAGUCUGGGGCCCUUGGUCCUGGUCUUCAGCCAGAUGCUCUAGAGAACUCUGGGACAGGAUUGCCCCCAGCCGUGCUCUGCAUGGAGGGCAUGGGGGGUGUAGAAGAAUGCCCAGGCCUAGAGAUUGAGGGGGAGAUGCUGAAGAGCACAGCACAGGUGUUAGCCCCCAGCGCGAAAACAGAAACUCCAGUGGAGCUCACCAGUGUUGAGGAAGCAGCAGAAAGUGGGCAGGUUGAGAAGAAGGAUAAAGAAAAGGAGGAAGGGGAAGAAGUGCAGGGAGAGGUAGACAAGCAGAGCACAGGGGCUAUAGAGAUGGGCAGAGGAGAAGUGGGUGACGGCAAGGUUGCUGAGAGUGUGGCAGAGAAUGGACAUACCUCCUCCAGCAGCAGCACUCCCAGCUUGGAGGUGGGGGCAGAGCACAACAACUCCCUCCUGGAGAAGCCCUGUGGCUUACUCACAAACGGCCUCGAGGAGCGAGGGCUGGAGGAUGAGGCUGAGGGGCAGGAGCCAGAGCAAAACCAUGAGAGUGACAGCCCCCUCCACCUCAAGGCAGUGCCCUUGGACUCUCAGCCGCAAGGGGGGGAGCAGCAGAGCCCAGCGCCCACCCAUACACCCUCCUCUGCCAGGGAGCCCGCAGGCCAGACUGCCAUGCAGGAAGAGGUGGUUUCGAUGAAGCAGCAGGAUACUCCCUGCCUCCCGCCGGCCUCCUGGAAGACACACCCCACCCUCGCCGAAGCCCACAAAGUCAACACAGAUGUCCUGAGCUCUGGAGUGCUCUGUCUCACUGGGACAAGAGAUAAAUGUGGGCGUGCCCUUGUCACUGUGACAACCAGGAGCACUGUUUGGUUGAACCCAGACUGCAACAGCGGUGAGCUGGUGCGGAUCCUGCACUACUUCUAUGCCACCCUCAGGAAGGAGGCACGCUCACAGGGCCUGACAGUUCUGGUGGAUGCCAGGCGCUGCUCUCCUGUUCCUGCCCUUUUCAAGGCGUUUUCCGUCUUGCAGGAGGGGGCACCCGGCUGCAUUAACACAGUGCUGCUGCUGUCUGACAGAGAGCUGAGAUCAUGGCCCGAGAGACCCCCCACCAUACAGUUUGAGGUCCUUACCUCCCUCAAGGCCCUCCACAAGCACGUGGACAGCACCCAGCUUCCAGCUGCCUUUGAUGGAACCUUUCCCUACUGCCACAGAACCUGGAUCUCCUUUAGGAUGAGAGUGGAGCAGUUCACCAGCAGCUGCCAGGACACUAUUGUCCUUCUUAAGAACGCUAUUUCCACCCUGGAGGCAGCAAUCCUGCCACCCUGCACAGAGGAGGCCCAAGUGGUGCUGUGCAAGUGCAAGGACUUGAUGCGCAGUGUCCUGGAGAACGCACACCUGGCACAGCUGCAGCUGGAAGGGGGUGCGGCUCUGUCCCGUCUCAGGAAGGAGAGCGGCAUGGGCCUCACGGAGGACCAAAGGGAUGCCAUCGAGGCGGUCAGCCAGCUGUACGAGCAGGUGGACGAGCUGGUGCAUGGGUUGGUGAGGGUGUCCAACAGGCGCACGCAGGAGCUGGAGCUGGUCAUGGAGUUCAAGAGCCUGGAGGAAGGUUUCCAGGAGGUGAGGGGCUGGAUUGAGGAGGUGGGGGAAAGUCGCCUGAAGACCCUCAGUGAGUUGGGGGACUCUUUGGAGCAGCUGCACAAAAAGCAAGCCCUCUUCAAAGACUUCUACUCCGCCGCAUACGAGCACUGCAAGAGCGGGGAGUCCCUGCUGAAACGGCUGGAGCGCUGGGAGGAUGUGAGCUCAGCAGAGCUGCAGGUCUACGAGGUGAAGGUGCGCUCCUUCUGGGUGCACCUCCAGGAUUUCUCCCAGAGGGUGGAGGACACCAAGGAUAAGAUCGACAAGACCGUCCGACUAUAUGAGUUCUUUGACAAGGCAUACGAGUGGGCGCUAGAGGGCAUGCGUCACCUCGCCGCCAUCAGCAUGGAGGACUGCAGCGUGCCCGAGAAGUGCGGCUCAGUCAUCCGCUGCCUGGAGAGCUACCGGCGCAAUCACCCAGACAUCCCCGAUAACCGAUUUCAGGAGAUGAAGGAGCUGGCUGGGGAACUGAAGAGUGACAAGGGACUCAAGCAGUGGAAGUUCGCCUGGUCCAAGUGUCAGGAGACCAAGCAGAUGUUUGAGAAAAAACUGGAGAGGGCGCUUCGGACCAGGCGGUCAUCGCCCGCGGACAGUGAGAAGGCCGACGUUGAGGUUGCCACACCCCAGGAUAACUUGGAGAGCUUCUCCCCCCAGCCAAUCCAGAAGCGCAGUGGGAGCCUGUCCUCCUGCCGGAGGGGCCUCAUUGGUAGUUGGGCUAAGGAGAAGCUCGGUAUACAGUCAGUGGCCAGGGACGUCAAGGAUGGUGACAACAAGUGCACCAUUGCCCAUCUGGCGGGCCUGGAGUACUGCAGCCCAGGGACACCCCCUAACUCCCAUCGGCUCUCCCGCAGCACCUCCUCAGAGGCGCCCUCGCCUCUCCAGGGGUUGCCGUCCUCCUACAACCCUGGGUUCACUUCUGUGGAGCCCGGCCGCCGGGUGCUGAGAAAGACCCAGAGCUUCGACGCAGCGGGUGUCGCAGAUUUGCCGCGGUACCCCACCUGCCAGCGCACGCUGAGUGAACCUGCCCGUCGCGGAAACACGGGCGUCUUCAUCAAGGGCCUGGAGGUCAGUAGCACAGAGGUGGCAGACCGCUCACUCAGCUCCCACCUGCCCUCCCACAGCUGGUCCCCCAUGGACCCCCUGAGGAACAGCACACCGGAGCCCACAGCUAAGGGCAGCAAGCUGCGGCACAUCGUGGACGAGAUGGUGGCGACGGAGCGCGAGUACGUGCGCUCGCUCAGCUACAUCAUGGAGCAUUACUUCCCCGAGAUGGAGCGCGCCGACCUGCCGCAGGACCUGCGGGGCAAGCGUAGCGUCAUCUUCGGCAACCUGGAGAAGCUGGUGGACUUCCACAGCCAGUACUUCCUGAAGGAGCUGGAGAGCUGCUGCAACCACCCGCUGCGUGUCAGCCACUGCUUCCUCAGACAUCAAGACCAGUUUGGGCUGUACGCCUUAUACAGCAAAAACAAGCCCAAGUCAGAUGCACUGCUGGCCAGCCACGGGAACACUUUCUUCAGGAACAAGCAGCUGGAACUCGAAGAUAAGAUGGAUUUGGCCUCAUACCUGCUGAAGCCCAUCCAGCGCAUGAGCAAGUACGCCCUGCUGCUCAAGGACCUCAUCAAGGAAGUGAGCGAGGUGCAGGAGCAGGAGCUGGCUUACCUGCAGGCCGCCGCCGAGAUGGUCAAGUUCCAGCUGCGUCACGGCAACGACCUGCUGGCGAUGGACGCCAUCCGAGACUGCGAUGUCAACCUGAAGGAGCAGGGGCAGCUGAUGCGGCAGGACGAGUUCACAGUCUUGUACGGCAGGAAGAAGUGCCAGAGACACGUCUUCCUGUUUGAGGACCUCGUGCUCUUCAGCAAGCCCAAGCGCAUCGAUGGCGGACUGGACGUUUACAUCUACAAGCACUCCUUUAAGACCGCCGACGUGGGGAUGACAGAGACCUCUGGGGACAGCGGACUGCGGUUUGAGAUCUGGUUCAGGAGACGGACCUCCAAAAACCAAGCAUACAUCCUCCAGGCAAGCGUGCCCGAGAUCAAGCAAGCGUGGACGUCCAGCAUUGCCAGGAUCCUCUGGCAGCAAGCCACGCGGAACAAAGAAAUAAGAAUGCAGGAGAUGGUGUCGAUGGGGGUGGGGAACAAGCCCUUCUUGGACAUAAAGCCAAGUGACGCGGCAAUCAACGACAGAGCCAUCGACUACAUCAUGAAGGGCAGAGGAGCCAGGACCAGGGCCUCCAUAGCGGUCUCCCUCUUCGACCACUCCAACCCCUUCAAGCAAGCGCAAGUUAAUGCGACUGCAGGUGGGAGCCCGACCUCAGGGGGCCCCUCGUCCUCAUCCCUGCUGGGGCCUCUCAACCUGCACAUGUACAGCAGCCAGGCCCUGAUGUCGGGCGAGCGGCCCUUCAUCCUGGAGGAAGACGAGCAGGAGCACGAGACCAGCAGCCAGCCCUCCAUGACCACAGAGAGCUCGGAGUCGUCCUGUCCCUGCCUGUCAGGCAGCGGCUCCAGUAGCUCGGACAGCGGCUGCGUUUCCAGCCACCUGCCGGAGGCGCUGUCCGAGGAGCCCAACUCCCCCUGCGAUUCCUCCUGCUACUCCAACGUGGCCUCCCCCGUGGAGGACAAGCCACGCUUCAACAGCCAGUAUAUCUCAGCGCCCAGUAACAGCUGCCUCUCUCUCCACUUACAGAAGGCAGGCCAGGUCAUAAACCCAUCCACCCUAGUGUGAGUGUGGUCUGAUGAAGCUCCUCUCAUCAAGAAGCCAGUUUCGCCUUGAGGAGACCGGAGUAUUUAUAGCUCUCUGUGCCAGAGCACCUCAUCUCAGACACUGAAUGAGCUUUAGUAAAGCACUGAUAAGUCUCAGAUAUAGCCUUUAAUUAAAGUGUUUUUUUUUCUUUUCCUUCCCAAACAUGUUCAGUUAUGUUUGUGUUAUAGUGAAAACUGUAAAUAAUUAUAUUGUAAUAGUUUACAAUGCAGUUAAACUGUCUUUUGACCACUUUGCUGUAGACUGCAAUUAACAGCAAAAGUAUACAUGUACCUUCAUGUAAAAAGGUAUUUCCAAAGGGUACAUGCAUACUCUGGUUUAAAAAGCAAUGUGCUUUCUUUUUUAAAAAGACAAUUUUUCUACGACCUGGUCUUCCACACACCUCUUUUCGUUGUUGUUGAACUGACUCGGGGUCAGGCCUUGUUGUAUCACUGUGACUCACACUGUGGUUGCACAGGUCACUCUCUGAGUUUGGAAGCACUUCCAUCUCAGAAUAGUUCAGGGCUUCUGGUCCAUCAGCUCAGGAGGUUCAUAGCCUUGCUAAGUUGUUCCCCUGAGCAGAGUGUGCGCCUGGCCAAGACGUCCGAACAGGCCUGCGCGGGAGCGAAGAGGCAACAGCUCAGUGCGGCUGAAGGAUGGCGUUUAAACACGCAAAAGUCUAUAUUGUAAAUAUUUUGCGCCAAUGGUGCUCUGCCAUUCUACUUAUAGAUAACUUUGUACAUGUAUGUAUUAACCAGCAAGACAGGGAAUCACUUGUGCCAUUCUUACCGUGUUCAAGAAGAAAAAUCUUAAUCCUCCGAAGUUCACACGUAUUUAAUAAAAAUGGAGUUCGUUUCUUUGA